AUGAGGAAAACAUUAUUUAUUUCACUGGCAUCUAUUGCCUCGCUUUCUGUGACAUGGGCACUACCUGCAGCAGAAGUUGUCCCUUCCGCUCUCGAAGAACGGCAGACUUGUGCCAACACCGCAACAACCAGAAGUUGUUGGGGUCAAUAUUCGGUAUCUACGAACUCCUACACUACUGUUCCAAGCACUGGCGUAACCAGAGAGUACUGGCUGGUUGUUCAGAACACAACUAUCAGUCCCGUUGGAGUCGCCCGCUCGACCCUCAACUUCAAUGGUACUAUCCCGGGACCUCAAAUUACGGCAAAUUGGGGUGAUGAUAUUAUCGUACACUUUACAAAUAAGCUCACGAACAACGGGACAUCUAUACACUGGCAUGGUAUGAGACAACUGAACAAUGCUCAGUACGAUGGUGUCCCAGGAGUUACUCAAUGUCCAAUUGCCCCUGGAGGCACUCUUACAUACAAGUUUCACGCGGACAACUAUGGUAGCUCUUGGUAUCACUCCCAUUUCAUUCUCCAAUAUGGCGAUGGACUAUUUGGUCCUCUAGUUAUCAACGGUCCUGCAACCGCCAACUACGAUGUGGAUCUCGGUGCGUUGUUCCUAAAAUUGGAAUCAUGUGCCUGUCCAAUCGCUCUGGGACAAAGCCAAGACAGGAGCACCCCCAACUCUCAUUACCGGUCUCAUGAACGGGACAAACACUUACAACGGAGCCGAUUGGUCAAUACAGCGGUAGAUGGCCAUAUGCAAUUCUCCAUUGAUGGACACAGCUUCGCCAUCAUAACAAACGACUUUGUGCCAAUCGUUCCAUACAACGCUACCAGUCUUUUAGUUAGCAUCAAUCAACGAUAUAAUAUCAUCGUCACGGCAAAUGCUGCGGUUAGCAACUACUGGAUUAGAUCAGUAUGGCAAACAGCAUGUUCCGGCAACACCAAUGCUGCCAAUAUCACUGGCAUUCUCAGAUAUGUAGGUUCGAGCGUCACAGCUGACCCCACAACAACCACUACGGUUGUAACAAGCACAAGUUGUGUGGACGAACCCUUGGCCAAUCUUGUCCCACGGGUACCGCUCAAUCCCACUGCUAGUUAUAUCAUACCAAUAACAUUGACUGCGGCGGGUGGUACAUUGUUAUUCAAUGAAAGUUCUUUAUAUCUCAAUUGGACCGAUCCUACACUUCUCACCAUCUUGAAUGGUGGAAAUAUUUGGCCCACUGAUUACAAUGUUAUUCCAGUCACAACCACCACAGCAAACCAAGGAUGGGGCUGUUCUCGCUAUCUCAGGACCCAAUGGGUAAGCUUCCCCCACUCCCUCAUUACAAAUCCCACUAACCCCAUAACCUCCAGCCCCAACCAUCCCAUCCACCUCCACGGCCACGACUUCUGGACUCUGUCCCAAGGCGCCGGCGCCUACACCAGUGCCACGGCGCUCAACCUCGUGAACCCUCCCCGUCGCGACGUGAUGACGCUUCCCAGCGGCGGACAUCUCGUCAUCGCCUUCCAAAUAGAUAAUCCCGGUUCCUGGCUCAUGCACUACCAUAUCGCAUGGCACGCUUCCGAGGGCCUGGCUCUACAAUUUGUAGAGACGGAAAGUAGCAUUGUUUCGAAAAUUGGGACGGCCGAUGUCACUAUCUUCCAGGAUACCUGUGCCGCGUGGGACAAAUGGGUUCCUACAGCCUUUCCCGCAGGAUGA